GCUCGGCGGGGCUCGGGGCGGCGGACCCGGAGUGCGGCCCGGCUCUGCUCACACCAGCAUGAGGCGGAGAUUAAUGUGACAGAAUCAGGUGGAUCAACAGCCAUCUCACUGCCCCCUUUGUUGGGGGUUGCUGAGAGUUGAUGAAGCAUGGAGGACAGUAAGAAUGAGACGGUGAAUCAUGCUCACGUCCUCUUUGACCGGUUUGUGCAGGCCACCACCUGCAAGGGGACCCUCAGGGCUUUCCAAGAGCUCUGUGACCACCUCGAACUGAAGCCUAAGGACUACCGCUCCUUUUAUCACAAGCUCAAGUCCAAGCUUAACUACUGGAAAGCCAAAGCUCUGUGGGCAAAGUUGGACAAGCGGGGCAGCCACAAAGACUACAAAAAGGGAAAAGCCUGCACUAACACCAAGUGUCUUAUCAUUGGAGCUGGCCCCUGUGGUCUCCGUACAGCCAUUGACUUAUCCUUGUUGGGAGCUAAGGUAGUUGUUAUUGAGAAACGAGAUGCCUUCUCCCGCAACAACGUCUUGCAUCUCUGGCCAUUCACCAUACAUGAUCUGCGAGGUCUGGGUGCCAAGAAGUUCUAUGGCAAGUUCUGUGCUGGAGCUAUUGACCAUAUCAGUAUCCGUCAGCUUCAACUAAUACUUUUGAAAGUAGCCCUGAUCCUAGGCAUUGAGAUCCAUGUCAAUGUGGAAUUCCAAGGUCUUGUACAGCCUCCCGAGGACCAAGAAAAUGAACGGAUAGGUUGGCGGGCACUGGUCCACCCCAAAACCCAUCCUGUGUCAGAAUAUGAAUUUGAAGUGAUCAUCGGAGGGGAUGGCCGUAGGAACACCUUGGAAGGAUUUCGCCGGAAAGAAUUUCGUGGCAAACUGGCCAUAGCCAUUACAGCAAAUUUUAUUAACCGAAAUACAACAGCAGAAGCCAAAGUGGAAGAAAUCAGUGGUGUGGCUUUUAUAUUCAACCAAAAAUUUUUCCAGGAACUAAAGGAAGCCACAGGUAUUGACUUGGAGAAUAUCGUCUACUACAAAGAUGACACACACUAUUUUGUUAUGACAGCCAAAAAGCAGAGUUUGCUCGACAAAGGGGUGAUACUGCAUGACUAUGCCGACACAGAGCUCUUGCUUUCCCGGGAAAACGUGGACCAAGAGGCUCUGCUCAACUAUGCCAGGGAGGCGGCCGACUUCUCCACUCAGCAGCAGCUGCCAUCUCUGGAUUUUGCCAUCAAUCACUAUGGGCAGCCUGAUGUGGCCAUGUUUGACUUCACCUGUAUGUACGCCUCUGAGAACGCUGCCCUGGUGCGGGAGCAGAAUGGACACCAGUUACUAGUGGCCCUGGUAGGGGACAGCCUCCUGGAGCCUUUUUGGCCAAUGGGAACAGGAAUAGCCCGGGGGUUUCUGGCUGCUAUGGACUCAGCCUGGAUGGUACGAAGUUGGUCUCUUGGAACAAGCCCCUUGGAAGUCUUGGCCGAGAGGGAAAGCAUUUAUAGGUUGCUGCCUCAGACUACCCCUGAGAAUGUGAGUAAAAACUUCAGCCAAUACAGCAUAGACCCUGUCACCAGAUAUCCCAAUAUUAAUAUCAACUUCCUCCGCCCAAGCCAGGUGCGCCAUUUAUACAAUACUGGAGAAACAAGAGAUAUUCAUCUGGAAAUGGAGAACCUGGUGAACUCCCGAACUACCCCAAAGUUGACUCGCAAUGAGUCUGUAGCUCGUUCAAGCAAACUGCUGGGUUGGUGCCAAAGGCAGACAGAUGGCUAUGCAGGGGUAAAUGUGACAGAUCUCACUAUGUCUUGGAAAAGUGGACUGGCCUUAUGUGCGAUCAUCCAUAGAUACCGCCCUGAUUUGAUAGAUUUUGAUUCUUUGGAUGAGCAAAAUGUGGAGAAGAAUAACCAGCUGGCCUUUGAUAUUGCCGAGAAGGAACUGGGCAUCUCUCCCAUCAUGACAGGCAAAGAAAUGGCCUCGGUGGGGGAGCCUGACAAACUGUCUAUGGUGAUGUACCUGACUCAGUUCUACGAGAUGUUCAAGGACUCAAUCCCCUCCAGCGAUGCUCUGGACCUGAAUGCUGAGGAGAAAGCAGUUCUUAUAGCCAGCACCAAAUCACCCAUCUCCUUCCUCAGCAAACUUGGGCAGACCAUCUCUCGGAAGCGUUCUCCUAAGGAUAAAAAGGAAAAGGACUUGGAUGGUGCUGGAAAGAGGAGAAAGACCAGUCAAUCAGAAGAGGAGGAAGCACCCCGGGGCUACAGAGGAGGAAGGCCCACACUGGUGAGCACUCUGACAGACAGGAGGAUGGAUGUGGCCCUCGGCAAUCAGAACAAAGUAAAGUACAUGGCAACCCAGCUGCUGGCCAAAUUUGAAGAGAAUGCACCCCCCCAGUCCACUGGCAUGAGGAGACAGCCGACACAAGAGCGUGGGGUCAGCCAGCCGUCCUGCUGCCUACCUGAGCAGGGUCACCCUGCUCCCACCCCCCAGUGGAAACAGCAACAGGAAAAGGAGCGUUCUCGGACCUGCCCCAAAAAAGUGAUCACACUCUCUCCUCCCCUUACUCCACCUCCCUGUCGGGCACCUCGCAGCCAGCAGACGUACAGGGAUCUUGAUGCUGACAGCCGUGGCAAGCAGAGUCCCCACCAUGAGAGGCCAGAACCUGAACCUUCUCGUCGGUUUUUUGUUGACCAGUGGGAGCUUUCUCUUAGUCUCCGCUCCUCCAACCGCCCCGCCUCUCCCUCCUCUGACUCCCUCCGACAGAAGUAUAUAAAGAUGUACACGGGCGGAGUGAGCUCAUUGGCUGAGCAGAUAGCCAAUCAGCUUCAAAGGAAAGAACAGCCCAAAACCCUUCUAGACAAGAAGGAACUGGGCUCGAUAAAGAAGGAGUUCCCACAGAACUUAGGAGGCAGCGACACGUGCUAUUUCUGCCGGAAGCGGGUCUACGUGAUGGAAAGGCUGAGUGCUGAGGGCAAGUUCUUCCAUCGGAGCUGCUUCAAGUGCGAGUACUGCGCCACCACCCUGCGCCUCUCGGCCUAUGCCUAUGACAUUGAGGACGGUAAAUUCUACUGCAAACCACACUACUGUUAUCGACUCUCCGGCUCUGCACAGAGGAAGAGACCGGCAGUGGCUCCUCUCUCUGGAAAGGAGGCCAGAGAACCCCUGCAGGAUGGCCCCGCUGUGGACACAAAUGGACGGGCCAGCGCUGUCACCAGCCCUGCUGAGAGAACUCCAGGUUCAAGCGUGAAUGGUGUGGAAGAGCCUAGCAUUGCCAAGAGGCUCAGGGGCACUCCCGAGCGGAUUGAGCUGGAGAACUACCGCCUGUCCGUGAAGCAGGCCGAGGAGCUGGAGGAGGUGCCCGAGGAGACACAGGCCGAGCACAACCUGAGCAGCGUGCUGGACACGGGGGCAGAGGAGGACGUGGCCAGCAGCAGUUCUGAGUCAGAGAUGGAGGAAGAGGAGGAAGAAGAGCCUCCUCUGCCCACUUCGGACCUGGGCGGUGUUCCUUGGAAGGAGGCCGUGAGGAUCCAUGCUCUUCUGAAAGGAAAGAGUGAAGAGGAGCUAGAGGCCUCAAAGAGCUAUGGGCCUGGGCAUGAAGAAGAUGAGGAGGACGAGGAGUAUGAAGAGGAGGAGGAGGAGGAGGAGGAGGAAGAAUAUGAAGAGGAAGAGGAAGAGUCUAGUGAAGUCGGGAGCCAGAGGCUACAGCAGAUCGUAAAUCCAGCCGACCCCUUGGAGAUCCAGGCUGAUGUGCACUGGACACAUAUCCGAGAGAAAGAGGAGGAGGAGCGAAUGGUCCCAACCUCUGAGUCCUCCACUUCUAGAGUGCCUGACCUUCCCUCCAUACGCCGCGCAGCAGUGCAGGCCUGGCUGGAGACGGUCUCCGGAGUCCCAUUUGAUGAGAAUGACCUGGAGGAAGAUGUGGACUCGGAGCCAGCAAAGAUAGAAGGGGAGGCCACAGAGAAUGGGGACACAGGGGACACUGGUGCUGAGCUGGACGAUGAUCAGCGCUGGUCUGACGGGAUCCCAUCGGAUGCUGAGACAGAUCUCCGCGUGCAGCACCAGGCGGCGGUAGAGGCAGACCUGGAGCUGAGGGUCUCAGAGAAUGAGGAGGAGCCACCUGAGGUCACACCAGGGCAUCCGGAGAGAAGUCUCACCUGGGUCCCCAACCCUGCCCUGUCCCCUGAGGAGCAAGCUGGUCUGCGGUCCCCAGGCCACAGCCCUAAGGCAGAGGGGGCCCAAAUCCCACUUGCCUCUGUUGUCACCAAGGCGAAAUUGCCCGAAGAGAGCCUUUUCCCCAAGCCUUUGCUCCCCAAAGUGAAGCCCAAGGUGGAAGUGCCCUGCAGUCAGAGAGCUGCAUGCUCCCCCAUCCGUUCUCAGCCGGUGGCUCUGCCAGAAGCCAGGACACCUACCUCCCCAGUGAGCUCACAGUGCCUGUCGCCUUUGGCCACCUCCACCCCCACCAGCACCCAGCUUCCCAUUUGCUCCCAGCCUCAGCCUUCCUCUGAGACCACGGCCCCAUCCCCCACCAAGUCCCCCAUACGGCUCCAGCCUGUUUCGGCCAAAACAUCUAUCCCAGUGGUUCCCCUCCCCUUGAAGAACCAAGGGGACACCAAGGACAGGCUGGGCAGCCCUCUCGCUGUGGAUGAGGCCCUGAAGCGGAAUGACCUGGUGGCAGAGUUCUGGAUGAAGAGUGCUGAGAUCCGCCGCAGCCUCGGGCUCACACCUGUGGAUCGGAGCAAGGUGUAUGAGCCCAGCUUCCCUUCACCUGCCUUUAAACCAGUGUCCCUAAAAUCCUAUGCAGUGGAGAAGUCUCCUGAGGGGGAGGGACUCCAGCUUCUGAAGCCUCCACCUGUUCCUAAGAGACUAGGCCUGCCGAAGUCAGACGAUGACCAGCCCUUCCUGCCAACCCCCAAGUCCCCGUCGGACAGAGAGCUGAAAAGCUCCCAGGAGGAGAGGAGAGAUCUGUCGAGCAGCUCCGGGCUGGGCCUUCACGGGAGCUCCUCCAACAUGAAGACUUUGGGCAGCCAGAGCUUCAACACAUCAGACUCCACCAUGCUCACUCCCCCUUCAAGCCCACCCCCACCACCACCCCAAGACGAGGAGCCCGCAACUCUUCGGAGGAAGCCAUAUCAGACUCAUGAGCAUAAGGAUGCCAAGCCCAAGGCCUCGGUGAUUCCACCACCACCACCUGCGUCGUUCAUGCGGGCCCCCCGGGAGCCCACCCAGCCCCUCCAAGAGGAGAUGCGGAAGUCGUUUGUGGAGAGCGUGGAUGAGAUCCCAUUUGCCGAUGAUGUGGAGGACACCUAUGAUGACAAGACCGAGGACUCGAGUCUCCAGGAGAAGUUCUUCACACCCCCCUCCUACUGGCCCCGCAUGGAGAGGCCCCUCCACCCACCCCUAGCCAAGGAGAAUGGUAGGUUGCCUACUCUGGAGAGUGGGGUCCAACCACAGAAGAGGGGCCUGCCCUUAGUCUCUCCAGAAGCCAAGGAGCUGGCUGAGGAGCGCAUGCGAGCCAGGGAGAAGUCUGUGAAGAGCCAGGCGUUGAGAGACGCUAUGGCCAAGCAGCUGAGUAGGAUGAAGGAAAUGGAGAUGGCGGCUGGGACCUCCAGUCCCCCAGGAGGCACCUCCCACAAAGCCUCCUCUGUUCCCUCCAAGGGCAAAGACCUCAGCCCCGAGUCCCCUAGACGCCCAGUUCUCAAAGGCCCCAGGGAGCCUGCCCUGAAGCACGAAGCCACUAGUGAGGAGGUCCUCUCCCCACCAUCGGACUCAGGGGGCCCAGAUGGUUCGGUCACCUCAUCCGAGGGCUCCAGUGGGAAGAGCAAGAAGAGAUCGUCACUCUUCUCCCCCCGCAGAAACAAGAAAGAGAAGAAGUCCAAAGGUGAGGGCCGGCCCCCGGAGAAGCCCAGCCCAAGCCUUCUGGAGGAAGCUGCUGCCAAGCCCAAGUCCCUGUGGAAGUCGGUCUUUUCCGGGUACAAGAAGGACAAAAAGAAGAAGGGUGAUGACAAGUCCUGUUCCAGCACCCCUUCCAGCGGUGCCACUGUGGACUCUGGCAAGCACAAGAUGUCCCCUGUUGUGAGAGCAGAGCUGCACCUGCGGCGCCAGUUGAGCUUCUCAGAGGACUCAGACCUGUCCAGUGAUGACCUCCUUGAGAGGUCCUCCCAGAAGUCCAGGCGAGAGUCGGUUUAUGUACCACACGCCUUGGCAUUCAAGAGAUCAUAUCCAUCAAAGCCAAGAACCUACACAGAGGAGGAACUGAAUGCCAAGCUGACCCGGCGUGUGCAGAAGGCAGCUCGUAGACAGGCCAAGCAAGAGGAGCUGAAGCGGCUGCACCGAGCACAGAUCAUCCAGAGGCAGCUGGAGCAGGUGGAGGAGAAGCAGAGACAGCUGGAGGAAAGAGGGGUGGCCGUGGAGAAGGCACUCCGUGGUGAAGCAGACUAUUGGGGAGAGUCUUAUUACAGUGACCUCAUCGACUUGCAUCUGGGUGGCAUGGGCAAGAAGGAUGACCCCAAGCUGAUGCAGGAGUGGUUCAAGUUGGUGCAAGAGAAGAAUGCCAUGGUGCGCUAUGAGUCGGAGCUGAUGAUUUUUGCCCGGGAGCUGGAACUGGAGGACCGGCAGAGCCGACUGCAGCAGGAGCUCCGGGAGCGGAUGGCGGUGGAAGAUCACCUGAAGACUGAGGAGGAGCUGUCUGAGGAGAAGAAGAUCUUGAACGAGAUGCUUGAGGUGGUGGAGCAGAGAGACGCCCUCGUGGCCCUGCUUGAGGAGCAGCGACUCCGGGAGAAGGAGGAGGACAAAGACCUGGAGGCUGUCAUGCUGUCCAAGGGCUUCAGCCUGAACUGGUCCUGAGCUCUCCCCACACUAUGUACGGCUGCUCUGUGGCAUCCACCUGACCCAGGCUGGGUUCUCCCCAGCCACCCAGAUGAGAGAUCUCAGAAAGCCUGGCACCUCCUGGGAGUUUAUACUGAAAUGUCUAUGUGCCUCUUGAACAGUGGGUCAAGUGUCUGUGCUAUGGGGAACCCCAGGUGAAGAUGAUGAUCUGAGGUGGCACGGCCUCUUUGGAAGAGGCCCACCCUGACUUCCUGCUCCAGAGAGAAAGGGGAAUACGGAGCAUCUGACAUGUGAUGUGGGAAGAAAGGAAACCUGCACGUUCCCUGCGGACACGUGGACAUGCGGUGACUGUGCUCCUCCUUCCACAGGAGGAGAGAAGACAAGGAAGCUGCUCCCUCUCCGUCAGAACCACAGCCACUGGAGCACCCCUCCAUAGAGCAGAAGGGGCAGCUGUCUUCACGCCUCUGGAAGCAUUUAUCCUGGGGAGGUGAGAUGUGAAUCGAGACCUGGGAGAGGGACAGUGGCCCGAAGGUCGGUGCCUGCCCCAGCAUCGCAGGGGGAGCUGAGAGUGGGCUGACUCCUGAAUUCAUUAUGCCAGCAUGGAGGGCCCAAUAGGGGUCUGCUCCCCACCCCUGCACCACACACUGGACCCCUAGUGGCCAAACCCCCAGGCCUCUCACUGGCCAUGACCCGAGGCCUGUGGAUUGCUGCAUUCUGCUUCUAAUUCACAACAAUUCUGACACUGGAAAAUACUGACUUUGGGGGAAAUGAUGAGGCCCUACAUUUCAAGCCCCCAGUUGACAGACAGGCAUGACUGUUCAGCGCUUCACGUUGGGGCAGAAGAUUAUCUUUUCCCUUGACGUUUUUCCUGUGUUUGCACAUUGAAAGGAAGCUGUCAGCCUGGCAAGAUGUUCAGCCGCUUCGGACCCUUUAUGUCAAUUAACUUAUUUUUUUAAUACUUGAAGUAACUUCAUUUUUAUAUCUUUAUUAGAGACACUGAUCUCUUGGCACGUGGUGUUAGAGUGAUGGAGGCGUCGACCACAUCCUCCCACACGGUCCCAUCCUGUACUGACUGAAUGCCAGUCCAUCCAUCUAUUUAUUAGCCAUCUUCAUUGUGCUGCUGCCCCCGUUGGCAUCAGGGAGCAGCUGAGACCCUCACAUGGGUUCUCAGUCCUUGCUCUUCUGCCCCCACCUGUUCCCUGCGCCCGGCCCCUCAUCCUUCACCAGUUCACUCUCACUGUAGCACCAGACUCUUGUGUCUGUCUGCACCGUCCAUUUGCUGAGGGUACAUUUCAGCACCGUGUGAGGCCAGGCCAGAGGGCACAGGUGCCACCCGCCUCUCCCUUGAACCCUGGCUCGCAGAACCCUUUCUUUUCCCCCUCUCUCUGUUUCAGUGCCAGGCUUUCACCUCCUGCAGCACAUUUAUUAGAGGUAAGCUGUUUUCCAGUCUGGCGGCGUUUGCUGGGACCUUGUAAUCCAUCUGGCUGGUGAGAACGCCCCCAGCCCAGCUUCAGACCCAAGAAGGUAGAGACGCACAUGUUACAGCAAGGAUUAGAAUUCAGGUUGGUCCUGCACAGUUGGCCCCACCCCGAACCUCCUCUGCACCCAGAUUUCUUGGGGAGGCAGGGGACCUCGAGCACUCUGUAACUAGUUCCUUGAGCCAAACUGCUCAUUUCCUCUAGUUCAGCCAGAGGCUGACAUUGUACGGCCUACAGAGUCACAGUCUGAAAAGAUCUGGUGGGCCAGGGCUUAUCCAUGCACAGAACUGACACACAGUCAGCCCGGGGACGGUUCCUGUCAGUGCCAGGCCAACCCAGAAGGGCCCUCUGGCAGACUUCCGGUGGAGAGGAGCCAGUGUAGGGCAGACAGAGGCCUGGCAAGCUCUUCAAGGUGGCCUGGAUCCACUGUCCAUGCUGACGUGGGGCUUCCAUGGGCGCCCACACCACCCCUUAGCUUGAACAUUCAUUCUUAUUACAAAGGAGCAAAGAACUUGUCUUACUCUUCACUUUGUCCAAAGCUGCCGUCUCUCUCCUGUGGAAGCCCAAGAGGAGUGCCUUGAGCAACCGUCCCAGCUCUGACUUCACUUCCUGUUUUCUGAUCAGGCAGACAGUCCAUGUUUACUCUCUUUCUUAAAAAGGCAAGAAGAGGGUAUUCUGGAUGCUCUCUUUAAACAUCAGCCCUCCAGCAAAUUUGGACUUGAGACAGGCUCAUUGCCUGUGUGGCCUUGCCCCUAACCCUCUUGAAGGCUACUUGAAUCCACCGUAGCUAGGAACGCCCCAGGAGACCGCCUCCAUCCCUCACAGCUCCUGCUGACCCUGGGACAAGGAAGCCCUGCCCGAAGUGGCGGGUAGGGGAUAUGGCUGCGCUGGCUGGUCGCUGUGCGCAGCCUGAGGCAGGAGCAGCACACAGACUAUCCGCCCUUGCUGCUGGCCAGUACCAGUCGGCCUUCAGCCACCCCUGCGUCCUCGCAAAGCACACACUGCUGCCUGCAGUUAUUAGAAAGGAGACUGAAGACCCUGCAGAGAAGCUUCCAGAAUCCACAGGCCUCCAACAUGUUCCCAGUUCUCCACUCCUCACGGUGUUAGGACUUCAGGCUGUAACAGUGCAUCUUUCUGUUAAAGCUCUCAUUUUAUGACCACUAGUUUGCAGUUGAUUUGAGUACCCUGGUGCCAUGCUGCAUGAAGUGUUUUCCAGCUCUGGAAAUGCGUGCAGCUCCAGGAGAGUUUUCUCCCCGAGAUUUAAGUCCCCUUGAAGGCAGGGGACACAGGACAUGAAGUGCCAGAGCUUGAGUGAGCCUAGAUACAGGGAUCGUACGGCAGGCAACCAGUUCAGCCUCACCAGUGGGAAGGCAGCAGGCACCCCCACUCCUGAGUCUCAGGGGCUCCCUGCCCAGGAGGUCUGGGCCUUUUGCCCCAGAAACCAUCUUCCAGUUGCUUUUGACCAGCAAUGAUAGACUAUUCUUUAUCCUUUCAAAGGAGAAAAGAUUUUUUUAGUGGGGCAGGAAGGAGAGUUCAAAGAAAAAAAUUUGAAAGGAGGUAAUAACUGAGCUGCACAGGGGAAUGGGCCAUUUUCUGUGCAAUAAAAGUUUUUCAAAGAAAUACAGAGUGUAUUUCUUAAGUCAUUUUACCAGACUUGUCCAUGAGGCGGGAUGUACUUCCACAUUCCAGCACCUGCCAUUUCCAGGUAGAUGGUGUCCACGCAAGUCAUUUAUGCAUCUGGCAUAUAUGUGGGUGUGUGCACAAGCUUAUUUAAAGAACACAACUUUUUUUUUUUAAGUUUGUGCUUUUUUUUCUUUUUUAAAGUCCUUCUUAUUAUCCUAGUUCAGCCAUCAACUGCUGUCACUGGAGAAAAUGCCUAAAACCACUUAGCAUGAUAGCAGCUUAUUCUUCAAAACCAAGCCUUGAUGCCCUCUUGAACAGAAGCGGCAUGUCCUCUGAAAGAGAGGUUCUUCAAAUCCAAGUGAGCCUGUGGUCCUGGUAGCCUUCUGUGCCUGCAGCCCUCUGCCCUUUGACCUGCAAGCCCAGUGGCCAGGGUCUGCAGCCUCCAGGCCUAAAUCACUGAGCUGUGUCAGUUUCCACAAGGACAUUCAGCAUAGGGUUUUGGAGAGAUGAUAUCACCUUUUUUUGAACUGGAUCGUCCCCAAGAGAUUGAAGGGAAUAAUCCUGGCCAGCUCUUCUCUCUUUGCUAUAAGAAACCUCUUUGGCUUGUGUCCAAAUGGAGACAUAUUCCAGCUCUUUCCUUCUCCCAUGGUGUGAUGAUUUGUCACCACCCUCAGAACUAAUCCCAAGGGCACAGUGCUUCCCUCCAGUGCAGUAAGGGCAGCAGGGAGAGAAACAAUGGCACUGGAUGGGUGGAGGUGGGUCAUGCCCAGCUGACAGGUCACUGCCACGGAAGCUGGUUCCCAGAGCCUUGAAAGGCUUAUUGCCACCUACCCCCAGAAAGAAGAAAGGGGCCUCUCUGACACAGACAUGGACAUCUUAGGUAAAAUAUACAUAUAACUAGCUUGAGGGAAUGUUCUGUGGCAAUGGUGCAUGCCUGCUGGGAAAGAUGAGUUGGUAGUCACCUGUGCUGGUCUCAGCCACCUUUUGUUCUUCAGGGGGGCUUGCUGGGAUUUGAGCUGGAUAAAAGCAGGAUUUGGCCACAAUUCACAGCAGCCCCAGGCAGUAGGAAAUGAGGAUUGCUGUUUUUAGGCAGGUAACCAGGAAGGUAGACUGCCCAAGCCCCCAUGUAAGCACCACCUCAGGAGCACAUACCCCCUUCCUUCCAAGAAACUACCUUGUCUUACGGCUCUGACAUCCCUUCUGAACCCUGAAAUCUUCCUGGUCUCUUCAUAGGAGUCAGAGUGAAAAGUGGUAAGCAGAGAAUGUGCUGUUUUACUUUACAUGAGCUGGCCAGCCUGGCGCACUCACGGAGACACCCUCAUCUUGUAUUGCCUGCUCAGGAGAUCACCCUUCCGACAAUGCUCAGUGAAGAGGGUAUGAAGCCAUCAUCUCAGGUGGAUUAUUCCCCCACAGAAACGUCAGCCCAGGGGCCAGAGCAGGGCCUUAUGCACUAAACCAUGGAGCCUGCUAGGCGGGGUUCCCGGGGUCACAAAAGCCUUUCACGGACGCUCCCAAUGGACCACCUGUUGCUGCUAAACUUCACUGGGUAACUUCUGGUGAGAGCCCCAUGACUGUGUCCCCUGCCCUGAGGUCAUCUUGUAGGAGGGGCAGAAACGGGGAAGCCAUAAUCCUGGCUCCUGUGGGUAGGUCCUGUGUGCCAGCCGCCUCUUAGCAGCCACCUGCUACCAAGACAAAUGUGGAAGAGGAGACAGCAUCCCAUGAUGCAGGCAUGUAUGUGCACUUGGGCACACACACACACAAGCAUCUUCCAUUCAUAGCGUGGCCUUUCUGAAGCAGAAUGGACGUCUAGCUAGCUCUAAAAUAGGCUGAACCUAAGAGGGCCCAACUGCGUAGCAGUCGAGGCUCCAGGCCAAGGCAGGAUCUGAGUUGAGGAUCUUGUGCCAAUGAACAGCCUGGUGUGAGGAAGACUAUAGUUGGAUGGAAUGGUCUCCAAAGAAGGCAGAUAGACCAGCCCCCUGGAUCCAGGGCAGGGGUCAUCUGGAGUGCCCAAUGCAAGUGUGGGGCUGCCUCCUGCAACCCAUGAAAUGAGAAUGAAGCUGCAGGUGUCCAUGUCCACACAUGCGAGAGUGGGAAGGGAAGGGAGUCGGACGUUCAGGCAUGAAGCUCAUCCCUGCUCUUCCCUGACUUCGGAGGAAGCCUUAAGCAAAUCACUUACUUAGUCUGUGCAUUAACCAACCCACAGGAUUGUGGGGGGGCAGGAUGUCCAAGGGUUUGAGAUUCUGAAUCAGGGCCUUUGUAGAUGGACAGACAUCCUUCAUGAUGGUACCUAAUGUUCACCUUGAAGAAACCUGGGGAGGACUGAGGGAAGCCGGUCCCAGCACCUUUAAGGGCUGGCUGCCAGCUACCUAGGUUCAUCGCACAUCUGUCUGGUGAGCCAGCGGAGUUGUGCAUUUAUUUUUAAUUACUUAAAAUGCUGGGCUGAAUCUUGUUUCCUCUCAGGAACUUAACUUACUCAACACAGGUUGCUGUAGAUAGGCAAUGUGCCCAGAACCUCAGAUGGGUGGCUGCUGGGUGCUUGCCUGAGGCCAGGUGAUGCUGAGCUUGAGUCAGCACUCAGUGCCUUACUGGGAACAAACCAGCACCCUCAGCUCAAGAGAACAGUCCCAUCUUUUCCCUCCUGCCCCAUUCCACAGCCACCAGCCACCUUCAUCUUAAGGCAGCUCCAGCACACCCGCUCUCCCAACAGUGGCUCCCAGGCAUAUGCCCUGGGUCUCUGGGCCUCCAGAGUCAUUAUCAGGGAUAUGGGAUUCGUGCAAGUGAAAGCUAGUAUGUAUCAGUGUUACGAUGCUGAUCAAGAGCCAGAAGAGCAAGGGUUCACUUACACACACCCGAGACAACUGGGACACCGAAGUGACUGGAAAGCAUGAGUUUUUCUGGGUAGGGAAGCCCAGAUGAAUACCCAGGGUCUGGCAAUGAGGCCUUCAGGCUGUCUCCCCAAGAGUUCAGAUGCCAGGUCUUUCCUGUGGACAGAAAAAAAAAAAAAAAAAAAAGGAAGCAUCUGACAGCCAACAACCCCUUCCCCAGAUGCAUUUUAUUUAACAUUUUUUAAGAAUGCUUUUAAAGAAUUAAGUACCAUUUUAAGAUGCAACCAGGGCCGGACUUACUUGGUACCAGCCUUCAUAGUGGGACAAUACUGUUUCUGGCCCUAGUCAUUAAUGUUUUAGGUCUCCGUCACAUUGUUCUCAAAGCCACCCAUAACAAUCUAGGCGGGGAGGCAGGAGGGGCUGGCACGGAGGGUCGUGCCUGAGGCUGGAAGGUGCUGGCCCUGGGUCAGCACCUGGUGCCUUAUACCAGUUUGGGAACAAACCAACACAAGUCGGGAGGACACCCUGCUCUUUUCCCUGCUGCCUCAGGUACAGCCCAGGGGGUCAGAGCUGGUAGAGAGGCAGUGACCCCAGAGUGUCUCUUCUGAAUAAAUCACCCCAAUGUGGCCUUGGACCCUGUUCCUGGAAGAUGCAGAGAGCAGCCCCGGGACCCUGCCAAGUUCUCCUGGGUGAAGAUAGAAUUGGAAGAAGCAUCAAGAAAAGACAAAUUUUCCAAGGCGCUGUGUCUGAGGAGAGUGGGUAGAGGGAUGUGGCCACUGCCGACCACACGGAUUGACAUGGAAAUGUAACAUAGGCUCACGCCUGUGUGUGGGAAGAGCCCUGCCGCCCUGUCGAUGAAUGUCAGGGUCAUUAGUGGAAAGGAAAGAGGGAAACAAAUAGUGACUUUCCUUCGGCGUGGGUGUGGUGGAGUGCACGUUACCCUCCGGCUGUUUGCACCCCUCCUGUGGCCAACAACCAAAAUAAAGCCAGCCGUUAUUUUGUU